CCGCAGGCUGCAACAUCGACGGCCGCGCUGUCGCACCAGCAGCGCUGGCUUCACCCUCAAUAAGCACACAUCUCGUAGCACUUAUCACUAUUCGUAACGACUGCGAUGAAUACUCAAGCAGGGCAGCACCACAACCCUGCCAUGCUCGCCGCUCUUCAGCAGCAGCAACAACAACAACAGCAUGGACAUGGCCAGAUGAACCCGAACAUGAUGAACGCCAUGUCUGGCAUGAACGGCAUGGCCGGCAUGAACCCAACACAGCAGCAGCAGUUCCAGCAGAUGCUCGCGGCCAAGUACCAGGGUGCCGGCAUGGGCAUGGGAGGCGGAAGUGGAGGCGCGGGUGGCUUUAAUCCACAGAUGAUGCAGCAGUAUCAACAGCAACAUCAAGGCGGAGGCGGAGGCACGGCAGGCUCGAUGGGCGUAAAUCCACAAGCGUUGAUGAACAUGGGCAGCAUGAACAUGAGCGCCAUGGGCAUGGGUGGUAUGAACGGACAAGGAUCUAUAGCUUCCAACCCCGGCUUCAACCCACAGAUGCUCGCUCAACAGCAGCGGCAGUUUAACCAAGCCUCCGGCCGACCAGGGACGGGCGGUGGCGUCAACCCCCAAAUGCUUAUGCAGCAACACAACCCAAGCGGAACCGGCAAUAUGGGUGGCCCGUCGGGAAUGAGCAAUAUGUCGAACGGCGGAGGCAUGAACAACAUGAGCGGAAUGAACAACGGAAUAAUGGGUAUGGGUGGCAUGGUUAUGGGUGGCAUGGGCGGAAUUAAUCCUCAAGCUUUGAGCAUGACGGCACAGAGCGGCCCUAGUCCACAGAAUGCAAACUCUGUCUCAUCCCCGCAACCCCCGCAUACGCAAUCGACAUCUAUCAACCCUGCUGCCUUGAACGCUGGUUCCGGUACGCCCUCCAAUAUGGGUAUGGGCGGUGGUAUGGGUACCAUGGGCGGAGGUGGCAGUCAGGCGAGUAUGGGCAACCUCCAACUCACCCCUGCGCAGAUUCAGCAGCUCAGUCACAUGAGCCCUCAAGAGCGACACAAAGCGAUGCAGCGGCUCAUGAUGCUCAACUUUCAGCACCAGCAGCGCGAGAUGCAGAUGCGUCGAAGUAGCGGAGAGCUGAACAUGGCCGGUAUGGGCGGGAUGGGAAUGCAGGGGCAGGGUCAGCGCACCCAGACGGGCAUGCAGGGCCAGAGUAUGGAUGGCAUGAUGGGCGGGAUGGCGAACAGCUUCAACAGCGGCAUGGGUGGAGGAAUGGGUGGGAUGGACGGCAACGGGAUGAUGGGCAUGGACAACUUGAACAUGACUGCGAUGGGUAUGCAAGGCAUGGGCGGUGGGAUGGGCGGGAUGCAAAGCAUGGGUGGGAUGCAGGGCAUGAGCGCCGCACAACUCCAGCAGAUGCAGCUUCUCCAGAUGCAACAUGCCCAAGGCCAGGAUCGUCCGACGUCGUCGAUGGCGCAAGCCCAGAGCCAGCACGCGAGCCCGACUCAACCGAACGCCUUCCCCAACCAAGGUCAAGCCCAGGUCUCAUCUCCUGUCCGCGUUCAAACUCCUCAUCAACAACAAAACAUGCACAUGCAACAACACCAGCAGAUGCAGCAGCAGCAGCAUCACCCAAACGCGGGCAUAAUGGGCCCGCCGCCGUCGAUCCCUCCGAGACAGCCUACGGCUACGCCUGCUGCUUCCCCUGCUCCUCGUUCUGGUACUGGCAUGGGUCCUCCCGGUCAGUACGGACAACAUCCUCAGCACUCGCAACAGCACCACUAUCAGCUUGGGCACACUCAGAGUCCUCGUCCUGGGACUGCCGGCACGGCUGCCACACCUGGUCCUGCCGCGAUUUCGAGGACCAGUAGCUCCAUGGGCAUGCAACAACACCACCAGGGGAGCCAGCACGGCCAGCAACAGUCGAAUGCUCAGCAGCCCGGCCAACAAGGUCUUCCAGCGCCAGCGCCAAUACCUAUUCAGCCUCGUCCCGUCCCUCCAAACGCUCGCGCCUCCGGAAGCCCUGCGCCGAUACCACGUCCCGGGACUGGCCAGAGCAUGCACGGUCCAAGUGGACUGCGUGCGAUUACUCCUGCACUCGUUGGCAGCCGACCCAACACUGCUACUGGCUUCCGUCCACAGCAAGCGCCAUCAACGCCUCAGACCUCACAGGGCUCAGCUCAGUAUCAGAAUCAGCAGCAGUUGCAACAAGGUCAGCUAGCGCAGCAACAGCAGUCUACGCAUACACCCAUCUCAACACCGACAUCAGCGACGUAUCCACCGAUUGCACCUGCGCCCACGGCAGGCUCGGCGCCCGGCUCGCCAAGGGUGUCUAUGAAGAGGAGGCCAUCUGGAACCCCAGUACCGCCUUCCAUUGCGGGUACCUCUUCUCAAGGAUCGCAUUUGGAGCAGUCGUUUACGCCACAAGGACAAAUUCAGACGCAGACUCCUGGGCAGGCUCAAGGUCCUCAAGGGAUGCCUGGUACGAACAUGACACCCGCUCAGUUGAUGCAUAUGCGCAUGUCGGGCGGUACGCCGGGGAGCAAUAUGAUGAACAUCCAAGGAGCUAACGGCCUUAUGGCUGGUGCUGGCGGCAUGAUGGGCCCUCCUGUCCUCCCGCGGCCGCAACAAUCGAAUCAGGCGCAGCUCUCUGCUGGUGGCGUAGGUGCCGACAUGGGCAUGCCAGGUAUGAACGGCAUGUCGGGUCCUAUGGGCGUCAACGGUAUGCAGGUGCCUGGUAUGGCGCGGCAGCCAAGUGUAGGGGACAUCCGAACGAGCAACGCGGGCACCCCUGGUGUACCUGGAGCAAGUCUCAGCAUCAAUACGAACAUUAACACGAACCUCAACCCGAACCUCAACGCUCCGAUGCCCUUGGUGGGUACACCUAACAUGUCUGGUCCGCUUGCCUCUGCGAUGGCGAUACCUACUCCAAAUGUGCCGGGCUCGCCGAAUCUGGCGAUGCUUGCUGACCCUUUGAUCCCUGGUGCGCCUGCUACGCCAAACAGGCAGGCAUCGCACACGCCGGCUGCGGGCUCACCGUUUCCUGGCGGGAUACCGGGUAUGCCUGGCAGCGCAGAGCGCAAGAUGGCGGGCCCCGGAGUACUCGCUGGUGCGCCGCCGCUCUCUCGGGUGUCCACUGGCGAUGUCUUCGGUGGACUCUCAGCUCCAACGUCAUCCACCACGGCGACAACGAACGGUGCGGCUGCUCCCGCUGCGCAAGCCCAGACGCAGAUCGUCCCGCAGCUCCCGCCGCUGCCGGCCAACGUGAGUCUGAACCCAAAGGUGACGCGUGUGUCAGUCGUGCCACUCAAGGACUCGGAGACGACGAUCCGGGCGCUGAAACAAGAAGAGAUCGAGCGGGUGAAGGAGUGGAUGAAGACGGACGAAGAGUACGACGCGAGGUAUAAGCAGAUGCGCGAACGUAUGACGGAAGAGGUGCGCGAGGCGAUCGUCAAGCCUCGUGCGUGGUACGAGAAAGACCCGUUGGAAGAUCCCCGGGCGGCAAGACGCCGAAAGGAGAAGUUUGACCUCAUCGGACUCAAGGGGAGGGAGGAGAUGAAGCGGAAGAAGGCGGGAAGGAGAGAGGGGUUCAAGUUGCCCAGAACUGUCAACCCUGAGGACGCCAGCCGUCCCGAACAGCUGGUGCCGCUUCGCCUCGAGUUCGAUGUCGACCAUCAUAAGAUGCGAGACACCUUCGUGUGGAACUUAAAUGAUCCUAUCAUUACUCCCGAAAUCUUUGCGCAGUCCAUUGUGGACGAUUACAGUCUUGCCCCGAGCUACCACGCAGUGAUCACGAAGACGAUCCAAGACCAGCUGAGCGACUUCAAGGCACACACGGCGACAUUUGGCGAGGACGGAUUCGACGAUGUCGUCAUGCACGGACAGUUCGCCGACGAUGAGGAAAUGUGGUGGGACGCGUGGCGGAACCAUGUCCGCAGCGAUACGCUUCUCCGUCAUUGGGAGACACAAGUCGAGCGCCGCACGCGCAAACGUCGCAAAAUUGUCAAAGACGAAGAAGUUGAGACGAAGGGGGUGCCUGUUGCGUCUAGUCUCGACGCGUACAUGUCAGUGGACGAGUUUGAAGAGGACGAGAACAAGAUGCUUGAGGAGAUGCGCAUCUUGAUCAAGCUCGAUAUCAUUGUUGGCCCGGUCAAACUUGAGGACCAGUUUGAAUGGGACCUCGAUAGCCCCGACCCUUCCCCGGAGCACUUCGCUGACAUCUAUACGAAGGAGCUCGGCCUCAGUGGCGAAUUCAAAACUGCAAUCGCGCAUUCGAUCCGCGAACAAGUGCAAACCUAUCAAAAAUCCCUCUUCCUCGUUGGUCACCCAUCUGACGGCUCGGCAGUUCAAGACGACGACCUUCGUUUGUCGUUGUUACCGUCCCUCAGUACAGGCGCGCGCUCCAUGGAUCAAGUCGUUGCCUUUACGCCUCGUCUCGACUACCUCAGCGAUGGUGAAAUCGAGCGCAACGAGAAAGAGCGUGAGAAAGAACUCAAUCGUCGCCGUCGCAAGACAAAUCGCGGACGCAGAGGCAUCGUACUUCCCGACCGGGACCCGCCCAAGACAUUCCGUACUCCCGCGAUUGGCUUCCCCGAGGUCGACCCUGCCACGCUGGCACUCGCGAACGCGAACUUGGCGCCUACCUCCCGCCGCGCGGCUGCGGCUGCGGCUUCGCACAAUAUCGCCAAUAUGAUUGCAUCGGAGAACGGCACCUCGCUCUCGCCACAGGUCAUGCCUGCUCCUGUUCCUACUGCGGUGGCUGCGCCUCAGCUGAUGAAAGAGAAGAAGCCGAAGGGCCUCAUGAAACCACCAUCAUACCCUUCGUCUGUCCUUCGCCCGCGUGCUCAUGUCAAGGCGCCGACGGACGGGACUGCUGCCGAUCCGUCGACAGUGCGCCCGCCAUUAGAUAUCGACCCGCCUGUGUCGAGCAACGUGGAGAACCGGGGUGCACGCGUGCCACUUUCUGCAAAGCGUACGAAAGAGCUCGAGCGGGAAGCCAAGGAGCGGGAGUACGUGGACGGCCAGCAUCCGAACUACAUCGAUGGCGUUUGGCACUGUUCGAACUGUGGUUGCCCGGAGAGCAUUGCUAUUGGUCGCCGCAAAGGUCCGCUGGGAGACAAGUCACAGUGCGGUGCAUGCGGAAAAUUCUGGCAUAGGCACCGACGCCCACGACCUGUGGAGUACAACUCCAGCCUGGAAUAUCAUUCAAACAUCAAGAAGGAGGAGGAGAUGGCGAGGCUCGCGGCAUCCAGGAGAAAGCGGCCCCAUGCGCACGUAGCUGAGGCAUCGUCGAAGGCUCCCACGGUCGAGCCAGAGACUCCAAGGAAACCGUCUCCGGAGCCGGACAGCAAGCCCGUCUCCCGCAGCACAGUCUUGGAGACGCCGAAACUACCGAAGAUCGAAAAGACCGAGGCCGCGUCGCCCAUGUCUACCACUUCCAGCAUCUCGGAAACCCCGUUGGCAACGAGGGGCAAAACGAAUGGUGUUCACUCUACUCCGUCCGCACCCGCCAUCGCUCCCAGUCAGAGUGAAUCUUCGGAGGGCAUUCAGGAUACACCGCAGGACUCGCAUGCUGUCCUUCCCUCCGUCGCACCCCACUCCGGGGCCGGACCGCGCGCUGGUGGAAACCGUCCUGCGAGAGACCCUCCCGCUUGGUUAAAGGAAGCCAUGAAAGAACUAAAUGAUAAAUACCCCGAUGAUAGAUUUGAGGCUGUGCUUCGUAGAGGACCGAACCCCGCACAACCGGAAUGGCGCAUCAAGUGCACAGAUUGUCCUGGAAAACUCUAUACCCCCGGUCCUGGAGAGACUCUGACUAAUUAUGAAGUGCAUCUUAAGAACCGCCAGCAUCGACAGAAGGUCAACGCCCGAAUCGGGAAUGGCCAAUCCUAAUGGACUGUGUUGGGACUUAGAUGUCCUUGCUAUCUGGAUUAUGUCGUUCGUCAUUUCUGCAUCGUUAUACAAUCUCAACUUGCUCUGUAUGUUGUAUCCUUAUUUUAGCUGUCUCCAAUAUAUUCCAUUACUAUCUC